CCACGGUAUCGCCCAAAAAGGUGCCGCCGCCUCCACCCCGUUUCGGCCCACAGAGAAAGAAGGACGCCACCACCACCUUUCCUCCUCUAGCCUCGUUGUCUCCGCCGCCGCCGCCUCCCCCGGUUCCUCCUCUGUCUCCGACCUCUCCGCCGAUUCCUCCGCCCUAAUCCGGCUUCAAGAUGUCGACUUGCACAGUUGUGGCUUCAUGCGCUCCUGCAAGCAACUUUGGGAUUAAAGCCUCCAUGGCUGCUGUGAAGGUCAACUCUGUGGGUUUCGCAGGCCACCGUGCUGUGAUUCCUAGCCUGAAGACUUCCAGGAACCUUGCUGCAAUGGCUGUCUACAAGGUAAAGCUUGUCACACCAGAGGGGGACGAGCACGAAUUUGAGGCUCCAGAUGAUACCUACAUCCUUGAUGCUGCUGAGACAGCAGGAGUGGAACUGCCAUACUCCUGCCGUGCUGGGGCAUGCUCCACCUGUGCUGGCAAGAUUGAGGCUGGCACCAUCGACCAGUCAGACGGGUCGUUCCUUGAUGACGACCAACAGUCCGAAGGCUAUGUCCUUACCUGCGUGUCCUACCCGAAGUCCGACUGCGUCAUCCAUACCCACAAGGAAGGCGAACUGUACUAGGGCUAUCCUGGAGGGGGUUUGUCAUCAAGAUGCAGAUGUUCUCGAAGCUGUUAAGCUACCCUCCUGCGUUUGUUUGUUGAGUAGUGCCCCUUGGGCAUAUUGAUUGACUUGUGUAAGCAUGGUGUAUAAAACCUGGUCUUUAAGAUCCUGCCGGUUCGAGUGUUCAUGAAAAAUACUGUGGUUAAAUAAAGCGUAAAAACUGUUUGGCAGAAUGCUGAACCAUGGAUAUGGUGUGCGAUGCUGCACUCUAAGCUUCUUGAUGUUGCAGUGGAUAAAGUGUUUUGUCAGUUCUUCGAUAA